CGCCCUCAGUGACACAAUAGCAGCUCCCUCCAAGAUGGCGGCGGCGACGGUGGACCCGGGAGCUGGGAUCCCGCAGGCUGGGGACUCCUCCGGCGGGGGCGCUGGGGGCGGGCUGCCGUCCCCCGUGGAGCAGGAGCUGAGCCAGCGCUUGCAACGCCUGUACCCCGCAGUCAACCAGCACGAGACGCCGCUGCCGCGUUCCUGGAGCCCCAAGGACAAGUACAACUACAUCGGCCUCUCACAGGGAAACCUCCGCGUCCACUACAAAGGUCAUGGCAAAAAUCACAAAGAUGCAGCCUCAGUGCGUGCCACCCACCCCAUACCUGCUGCCUGUGGUAUUUAUUACUUUGAGGUGAAGAUUGUCAGCAAAGGAAGAGAUGGGUACAUGGGAAUAGGACUCUCAGCUCAAGGUGUCAACAUGAACAGACUUCCUGGUUGGGACAAACAUUCCUAUGGUUACCAUGGUGAUGAUGGGCAUUCCUUCUGCUCCUCGGGGACUGGCCAGCCCUAUGGUCCCACAUUCACCACAGGAGAUGUGAUUGGCUGCUGUGUCAACCUCAUCAAUGGCACCUGUUUCUACACAAAGAAUGGCCACAGCCUUGGUAUAGCCUUCACAGACCUCCCGGCCAACCUCUACCCCACCGUAGGCCUGCAGACACCUGGGGAGAUUGUGGACGCCAACUUUGGGCAGCAGCCCUUCCUGUUCGACAUUGAGGACUACAUGCGAGAGUGGCGUGCCAAGGUCCAGGGCAUUGUCCACGGCUUUCCCAUCAGCGCCCGGCUUGGCGAGUGGCAGGCGGUGCUGCAGAACAUGGUCUCAUCUUACCUGGUGCAUCAUGGGUAUUGUGCCACAGCCACAGCCUUUGCUCGAAUGACUGAAACCCCGAUUCAGGAAGAACAGACGUCCAUAAAGAACAGACAAAAGAUCCAGAAGCUGGUACUAGAGGGCCGGGUGGGCGAGGCCAUCGAGACCACACAGCGUUUCUACCCUGGGCUGCUGGAACACAACCCCAACCUCCUCUUCAUGCUCAAGUGCCGACAGUUUGUGGAGAUGGUGAAUGGCACUGACAGUGAGGUCCGCAGCUUGAGCUCCCGAAGCCCCAAGUCCCAGGACAGCUACCCUGGCUCCCCCAGCCUCAGCCCCCGGCAUGGCCCCAGUAGUUCCCACAUGCACAACACAGGAGCAGACAGUCCCAGCUGCAGCAAUGGCGUCGCGUCCACCAAGAGCAAACAGAACCACAGUAAAUAUCCCGCACCCAGCUCCUCCUCCUCGUCCUCAUCCUCCUCGUCUUCCUCCUCCCCAUCCUCCGUCAAUUACUCCGAGUCCAACUCAACAGACUCCACCAAGUCCCAGCCCCACAGCAGUACAAGUAACCAGGAGACCAGCGACAGUGAAAUGGAGAUGGAGGCAGAGCAUUACCCCAAUGGUGUGCUAGAAAGCAUGUCCACACGCAUUGUCAAUGGUGCCUACAAGCAUGAGGACCUGCAGACGGAUGAAUCCAGCAUGGAUGAUGGGCAUCCUCGACGGCAGCUCUGUGGGGGCAACCAGGCUGCCACAGAAAGGAUUAUCCUGUUUGGCCGUGAGUUGCAGGCACUGAGUGAACAGCUGGGCCGUGAGUACGGCAAGAAUUUGGCCCACACAGAGAUGCUACAGGAUGCCUUCAGCCUACUGGCCUACUCAGACCCCUGGAGCUGCCCAGUUGGCCAGCAGCUUGACCCUAUCCAGAGGGAACCUGUGUGUGCUGCUCUCAACAGCGCCAUUUUAGAGUCUCAGAACCUGCCAAAGCAGCCCCCUCUGAUGCUCGCCCUGGGCCAGGCAUCUGAAUGUCUACGGCUCAUGGCCCGAGCAGGCCUGGGAUCUUGCUCCUUUGCCAGAGUCGACGACUACUUGCACUAGCUGACCAUGCUGGCAGGCAUCACCUGGCCCUCCUUCAGCCCCAGGGCUAGAGCAGCCCUGCCCUCCAUAGGCAUCUGGCACAAGGACCUGGAAGCCAUGGGCAGAGUUCACUCCUCUGGCCUUUCCCCCACUCCCCUUUCUUCCUUCCUUUCUUCUCCCCCGCCCGACCCCGUUUCUCUCCCCUUCAUGUGCAGCGGCCUGUGACACAGUAUUGGCUGGUUACCCUCAUGUAGCGCCUUCUCCUUUAAAGGGAGUUUUGUUUUGAGGAGGGGUUGGGGUUUUUUAAUCUUUUUUCCUCCUGACUGAGCCACCAGUGUUUAUCUCGGGAGAGUUUGUGCUGAGCUGGUUUCUGCUAAUUUAGUGAUGAAGCCUAUCCAGGUUGGUGAUAGCUUAUUAUUUUCAUAAGUAAAAAAAAAAAAACAAAUGAGAUUAUAUAUAUAAAUAUAUAUAUUAAAAAAAGACACAGUAUUUAUCGUAGCAUUAGUGGUCCAGCACCUCUUGGGUGAGGUUGUCUAGACACCAUGUGUUUUUUUAUUCGAGUCCAACUCAUUAAAAAAGAGUCAUCUCUGUCACCUCAGCCAAGUGAUUUAUUUUAGGCUCCCCUUUUGUUGAGCCAUAGGCCCAGUUGCCACCCAGGGAAGCUGAAUAGGUGUUAGGGGCCACUUGAUGGGUAGGGUCAGGCUAAGCUGGUUUGCAGUAAUCCAAGAGGUAUAGGUCCCUAGGCCUCUGAGAGCUGACUGAGCCCAGAACUGCAGAGCCAGGGGUCCAGAGAGGUGAUGUGUUGGCCCAGGGCCACACAGCAAAAUGGAAGCAGAGGGUCCUUGGCCAGCACACUGUCUACCACUCUACCCUGUCUCUCACUGCCUGCCUUGUCCCUCUCUCAUCUCUUCAAUGCCCUGCCUUCCCUUGUUGUUAAGAUGGCCAAAUAAUUCAUUUACUCUCAACUGAUUGCCUGGAAACUACCUGCCUUCCACCUGAGAGCUGCUGUGUGUCAGGCUGCCAGGAGGAAGACUCCAUUGCCAGAACAGAGGCCCUUGAGUACAGGGACUGCUUUUUUCCUGCCUGGUCUUCACCUCUGCCACACAGCUUUGAUGGGAUUGCUACUUUCUAUGGAGAAGCCGGUACCUUGUGGAGGCAAAUUCUUGAGCUGCUCGUCCUUGGAGUGAAUGGAACCCUUGACCCCUGGGCCCAGCUUCACUGCAGCUGUACCAGGCCACUUCCUAUGGCUUGGCCUCAACCUAGGAAGAGGAAGGGACCCAAUGGGCUUUAUGAACAUCCUACUAGCUGUUUCAGAAGGGUCCUCACAGCUGGUGGAGCAAAAAUUGUUUCCCUACCACAGGAAAGGAUGAGAAGGCUGCCAGUACUUGGGUGAACCAUUGAGGAAAAGACUGGCUACCUAGGAGGAGGAAAGGGAGGAAGCCUACAUAGAGGAACAUCUGGAGAGGCUGAGAUUUCCAUACCUGCUUCAGUGUGAGUGAGAGCCCAAGCAGUCCCUACAAAGGUUAGGGUCAGUCUUGGAAAAGCCAGAAGUUGAAUUUCCAGUCCCUGUCUGCACUGGGUUAGGUGAGCUCCUGCCCCAUGUUAGUGGACAUGCAAAUGUUUGGGAUGGCCUAUGAUACUCUGUGCCCACUAAGCCUCACAAGGCCCACAGCUGGACAACAAGCAAAAUGACUGAGUUGGACAGCUGCUGGUGAAAGGCCUGGCUCUGAGUUCUUCCAGAGUUUUGCUUUGGGAAUAAUCCUAUAGGCACCUUUUUCUUGGUCCUACCAGGGGCCCAGUUGGAAGCCCACAGACCAUGACAUCAGGAGGUAUUGUCAUGUCUAUAAAGGAAUUUCAUCCUCUGCAAGGCUGGGAAUACCAAGCUCCAAACUUAGAGGUUAGGAACAUCAGGCUGUUAAAAUGGUCAACCUACUGGGAUUGGAAAUUAAAACCAGAGGCUCUUGCAGCUGCAGUGGAGUUCAAACAAUAUCUCUAGCAAUCUUUUACAGAUAAACAGUCCCAGGAGAUGAAGUGACUUGGCCAAAGUCAUGAAGCAAAUUAGUGGCAGAGCCAGGACUAACCUACUCCUUGUGGAUUGGGCAGUACUGUUUAGCCCUGAAGUUGAAUAGUAGAUGAGCUUGGUGAAAGGUGGGUUAGGUUGGCAUGGCUUCCAGCAGUCUCUGAGCAGCUGGUACCUCCAGGAGUGUGUCAGGGAUGGGAGCGGGUACCUGGAUUUGGGUUGUGGAGAGGCUGAGAGAGGGUUCAGGAGGGCUCGGGACAGCUGUGAGCUGCAUGGGGUUGGGUGUCUGGCUCACACUCAGAACCCAUGACCACCUCCCUGUUUUCUGUGCCUUAUCUCACUUUCAGCUGAGUCCAUGUUGUUUACUCUGUUCCUCUCCAAGGGGCUGUCUGUCCCAAUUGGACAGCUCAUCUUUGGAACAUAAGCCUUUGCCCCACAACCUGUGGAGAGGUCCAAAAUCAAGCUGCUUGAGCUGACUGUCUUGCUGAUAGUCCAGGCCUACCUGCAGCUGAAGGAGCCCCUUAUGCACACUCAGUCCUAUCAGCCUGCUUCCAGGAGCCUGCAGUGUGGAAGGCACCUGGGAGCAGCCCUGUUGAAGGGCUGGACCUGACCCGUGGGGUUUAGGAAGAAUUCCUCACUCUUUGGGGUCAUCUAGUCCUGGGGGAGCAGCCUUCCCUACUUCCCCUUGUGACACCAGAUGGUCGCUCCUUUCAGAGUGGAAACUGGUGGACCACUUAAAGCCAGAACUCCCUAUUCCCACCCACAUGGGUCUGUGGCUGGGUGCAGGCCGUCAGAACAGGGAUACCACAAGAUAGAGAAGUGGAGACCUCCUGGCCACCCAGCACCUUCCCAGCCCAUAAGCAAGCACAAAGAUGAGACAGAGGACUGUUGGAGCUAAAAGUUCCUUUGGUUGCUCACAACUCAGGUAUGCAUGUCGUGUGGCAGCUGGACAGCAGAGCCCUACUUGACCACCAGUCUUGGGUACUGGACCUGCAGCCAGAAAGUGGUUUCUGGCUGCCCCAAGCGCCCACCUCUUUGCAUAGGGUUUUUCCUCCAUUAGUAACUACAGCUGAAACAGACAUCCUCCACAUUGUGCACACUGGUUCUGCCUUUGUCCUCCCAAGUUGAUACUUGGCAUUAGCAUGAAACUUGUGGGCGCGGGAGGGUUGAGAGAGAAUUCCAACACAAAACAUCCUAUUAAAAUUGUACUUGAGAGAUGAAAAAAACUCCUGUUGUAUUUUGACAGAAUUAUUUUUAUUAAAAUACACAUCCAU